AUGGCGCUGCUGACGCCUGAGGAGUGUGAGGUGGAUGUUUGCGUGCUGGGCACUGGCCUCACCGAGAGCUUGGCAGCGGCUGCAUUUGCCCGUCUUGGGCGCCGGCUCCUCCACUUGGAUGCCUCGAGCGCCUAUGGCGGUUGCUGGCGCUCGCUGUCCUUGGCCGAGUUUGUUCAUUGGGCAGGAGGAAGCGCGAGCUUCGAAACCCCGGUCUCCCAGGUUGCGGGAGGCGACUUCCGCUCUCUUCCGCAGCAGGCUUGGAAAGCCGUUCAUCGGCGUUGCACCACUGCCCCGCUUGGGGCUGAGACCUUCCGGCCGAGGUAUGACUUCGAGGCGAAGGAAGAGCCGGAAGUUCCUCUCGCACCUGAGGCUACGGCCGGGGAGACUGCUCUCAGGCUUGCACCUCAUGCACCCUACGGUUGCUUCCUCGAUCACUGCUUUGAAUGGGAUCCAUUUGGCAGGCUGUCUGCAGUAGAGCUCUGCAAGGAGAAGCGCGACAUACUGAAGAGCCCGACGUCCUUCAGCUUGGAUAUCGUACCACGACUGCUGUUUGGACGAAGCGACUUUGUGGAUGUCCUCGUCGAGUCGGGUGUUGCAAGGUACUUGGAGUUUCAGGGCCUGAAGUCGGCCAGGGUCCUAACACCUGAAGGCCUCUUUGCGGUGCCCUUGACCAAGAGCGAAAUUUUCCAGGAUACUCAUCUGAGUAAGCCUGAGAAGCGGACGCUAAUGCGAUUCAUCACUUCCAUCCAGCCCUUUGUGGGUAGCCUUGCCUUCCAAUCUGCAGCGCAGCUGGGCGUGGAUCAGGCUCGUAAGGUCAAGGGCCCAACUGAGCUGGACUCCAGCGUUCUGGGGGUGGACCUGGAGGAGCCGUGGCAAUGUUUCCUGGAGCGGCAACAGCUGUCGCAGAGACUGCAGGAGUUCAUCACGUAUUCUAUCUGUCUGUGGGAUUGGUCCCCGAGGUCGGAGUCACGCGCUGGAUGGCCUGAGCUUUCUUGCGGCGAGGCGCUUCGACGACUUGGAAGUUUUGUAUCUUCACUUGGCAUGUACGGCCGUGGAACGAGCAUGCCUUUGCUGUAUCCUAUGUAUGGUGUGGCUGAGAUUGCGCAAGGCUUCACCCGCAUGAGCGCACUCCAUCGAGGAACCUAUGCCUUGCGCACGCGCCCGACCCACAUCCUUACCAAGAAGGAUGAGAAUCGUGGCUGGAUGGUGACAGGCGUAGUAACUCACCGUGGUGAAGUGAUACGAACUUCCACUGUUAUUGGGUCCUGUGACCACAUCACAGAACAAGGCAAGGCUAACGAUGUCGACAAAGGGUCGGACUCGACUUCCUGCAGGCGGACGACGGUCUUGCUGAAUUGUCCGCUUUUGGGAGAAGAAGGGGUGAACUUGUGUGUGGUUCCUCCGAGCUCUUUUUCACCACCUUUGCAGAACGUGGUGCAAGUAUUGCAGCUAGACUGGAGCACAGGCACCUGCCCGAGGGGAUGGUAUAUACACCACCUCUCGCAGGCAUGGACUGGCAAGGAUGAAGGCAUCCCAUUUGCUGACCUAGAUAAAGUUCUGGAGACGCUGUUGGCAAGGUGUCCAGAGUCUAAGUGCCUGUUCCGAUGCAAGUACAUCCACAGACCUAGACCAAAGGAGCGCUGGAAUACUGACAAAGACACAGUGAGUCCGAUGAGGGACUGCAGCGAAACUGGUAGCCUCGCCGUCGUAGCAGAUCCUGCUGCCGUGCCACAGCUGGUGGUGUCCGACGAAAUCCAUGAAGCACGGCAGAUGUUCCUCGCGUCCCCAGCAGCUGCCGGUGCACAACCGGAGGACUUCUUGCGAAAGCCUGAACACGUGGCAGAGGAGGAACGUGGUGGCGCCAUGGAAGAGCUGGAGCUUUUCAACGAGCAGAUGCAAGAAACCGAGAAGCAGGUGCAGCAAGCCGAGACCAUAAAGUGGCCUGCCGAAACUGAGGGCGAACCUCAAUAG